AUGGCUUCCACCAACCGAUCAGACGGUCAACUCAAUAUUAAUCUUUCUGGCUUGCCUCCUCUCACCGAACCUUCCUCUAUUCCUACAUCAAAAUCUCCGUUCGGUGGUCCGAAAGCCUCCGCGGGUCUGGCAGGCCUCGCUAGUGCACGAGUUGGAGCCGGUUCUCCUCUCCACGAACAAGCCUCGCGAUUGUUUCCCAAGCGGACCCGUGAACUUCAGUCUCAGACCUCUCUCUCCCCAAACAUAUGGGGCCCACCGACCAGUGGAACCUCUACACCCUUGUUUGAAAUUCCCGAAUCGCCCUCUCAAGACGGGUUUCCUGACCUGAUUCCUCUGACAGAGACCGGUAUCAACAGUCCUGCCAGACGGGGCAGAGCCGGCACUCUUCCCUCAAGAAUCUCACCCGUUGGUACUAUAAAUGGCGUCAGUGUUACCUCCAAGACGUCGCGUCCGACUCCCUCCACAAGCCCUUUCCGUCCCAGUUCCACUUCAGCAGCAGAAAGCGCUUUCUAUUCCACUGCUCCAGGGUCAAGCGUCAAUGUUGCCUCCAAUGCUAGUUUGCUGUCCCGCCUGCGUGCUGGAAGCAUGCCGCAACGCGCCAGUCUCUUGGGUUCAUCUAGUCCAUUUGCUCAAACUCCAUUCGGUUCUAGCUGGGGUACAGGGCGAGCUCGUGCUGCUACUUUGACUAGCAUUAGUUCUGCUGAAGAUCCGACAUCGCCUCAGCAAUCUUCGUUCUCAAAAGAUGGUAUGUCGGAUUCUGGCGUCCGUACUCUUGAUUAUCUCGGUCUAGCCGAGCCUCAGCAACAGUCUCGAUCCGACAUGUCACACGCCCAGGAUGCGGGUUUGUCUGAUGUCCUGAACAACCUGGGUUUGAGGAACGCAAGUAGAUUUCGGUCCUUCUCUGUCAAUACCCAACCCAAGUUCGGUUCCGACGCUCAAGAUCCCUCGGGCUAUUCCUCUUACCCAACCGGUACCCUUACUCCAUCGGCGGCCGCUGCCCUCGAAGCAGAGUACGAGAUGGUUCAGGAAAAAGUCCGUCUCCACAAUCAAGCUGUUCAGGCUUUCGCGGUCAAUGCGAGUGCUGCACGGCCACGAGCCCGUACUGCAGGCCUGGUCGAGACACCUCAACGCACUACUCUGCGAAAUCUGGUUCAAUCGUCCACCGAUGCAUCCAACCUGGUCUUGGAAUUGCAAGCCGCAAAUGGCAUUAGUGAGCAAACACUCGCAGACGCCUUGCACAAUCUACAUCUCGCCGAAGGUGGUCAGGGCGGAUUCGAAGGACUAGAUGAAUCUGACAUACAGGUAUCAAGGUCCUUGUGGAUUGGAUCCAUCCCCAACUCGACCACUAUGUCAUCUCUGGACGCCAUUUUUAGCCGAUAUGGAAACAUUGAAUCUACAAGAGUGCUCACCCACAAAAACUGUGGCUUCGUGAAUUUCGAGAGCACCGAACAUGCAGUUCGUGCUCGCCAAAUUCUGAAUGGCAAAGAGAUCUUCCCAGGCGCUGGCCCGGUCAGAAUUGGGUUUGCAAAAGCUCCAACUGCUUCCACUUCACUCACACCAGUUCCCAACGCCACUCCUCCACCAGCUGCUGCCAAUGGAAGCAGGGACGAUGCCUUCCCUUCACAGCUGAUUGCUGGUGAUGGAAGUCCUAGCCUUCCGGUGACUGGCCAUAACAGGAACAUUCCAGCGGGCGACCGCCUCGCUGAGCUGCAGCCUGACAUCCUACAAAUUGUCCUUGACUUUGGUGCUCAACAAUCAGAUGUCCCAAUCGUCGCGGCAAACAUAGAAAGUGCCAUUCGAUACACCCAGCUGUCAAAGGAAAUCCCUCCGAUCCCAGAAUCGAGUGCUGCUCGAAUGUUUGAUGCUCCCAGGCUUCGUGAUAUCCGAAAGCGUAUCGACAAUGGUGCUUGUGGAUUGCAAGAGAUUGAACAGAUUGCUGUUGACAUGCUACCAGAGAUAGCAGAGUUGUCCUCUGACUACUUGGGCAAUACUGUCGUCCAGAAGCUGUUCGAGUUCUGUUCCGAAGUGACCAAGGAACAGAUGUUGGCUUGCAUCGCCCCUCAUCUUGCUGAAAUCGGUGUGCACAAGAAUGGUACCUGGGCUGCACAGAAGAUCAUCGAGGUUUGCAAGACCGAGUCACAGACUGGAAUGAUUGUGUCUCACUUACGGCCAUAUACCGUCCCAUUGUUCCUUGAUCAGUACGGCAAUUACGUUCUUCAAUGCUGCUUACGCUUUGGACCUCCUUAUAAUGACUACAUCUUUGAGACAAUGCUGUCGCAGCUUUGGGAAAUUGCUCAGGGACGCUUCGGUGCGAGAGCUAUGCGAGCGUGUCUAGAAGCCCACCACGCAACCAAGAACCAGCAGCGUAUGAUGGCAGCAGCUAUCGCUCUCAACAGCGUUCAACUGGCACAAAAUGCAAAUGGAGCUUUGUUGCUCACCUGGUUACUCGACACUUGUACUUUCCCUCGCCGACGAUCUGUCCUCGCACCGAGGCUUGUGCCUCAUCUUGUUCAACUUUGCACCCAUAAAGUUGCUUACCUCACAGUGCUGAAGAUCAUAAACCAGCGUAACGAGCCUGAGGCUCGAGAUCUGAUUUUGAAAGCAUUAUUCUUCAGCCUCGAUGACAAUGUAUUGGAACAAAUCCUUUCUGAUCAAGCAUCUGGUGUCACUUUGAUCUUCAAGAUCUUGACCACACCCUUCUUGGACGAUGCAAUGAGGCCCGAUGUUGUUCAAAAUGUAUCGCGAGUAUUAACCAAGAUCAAGGCCCAGCCGAAUCAAGGUUACAAGAGGAUUAUGGAUGAGGUCGGUCUUUCAUCACGCCCAAAUCAGCCAGCCAUGCAGCAGUACAGUGGUCACGCUCACCCGACGGUCAAUACCCAGAUUCGGCCGAUGUCACAAUCUCAGCAGGUCACCCCCAAUGGUGUUCAAGGACAAUCCUACCCACGUCAAUUUAACGGAGGCUAUGUUCCCAAUGUGAAUGCUUCGCCCUUUGAGAAUGGUAUGAGCCCCAUUCGAACCGGUUCGGCGGAUUCGUUUGGCUUUGCACCAUACGCUGUUAAUGGUUAUCAAGGGCAGCAAUCAUAUUCUCAGCUCCCGUACCAACAAUUGCAACAGCAAGCGCAGUAUCAAAACUUUGGAGGAUCCUCUCAACGGUCUAGCAGUGCAUACAUGUCCAACGGCUUUGGCGGAUAUAGUACGCCGUCAUCGGCAGUAGACCCAUUCAGAGGUCUUCAAAAUGCAUCAUCCUCACCCCUGUCAUACUCGGCCCAAAUGAGCCCGGUAGUUAGUUCGGCGGCAUUUCCUCAGACCAACUUUGCUCAGCAAAACAUGCCCAGCAAUAUGUAUAACUACCCUCAACAGCAGUUCUAUUUUUCUCCCCCAAUGCAAACCGUCCAUUCGGGUGGUCGCGGACGGAGGAGAUAG